CUUUCAGAUCAUGGAUAACAACAUAAUGUUGAGAAUUGAUUCAAAUGAGAGCUAUUGGAAAUCAAAGACUCAGCUUUGGCUAAGAAUUCUGAGCAGAUCUUACAAAUUGAUAUUCGCUGUCACCGUUCCUAUCGUUUUAUUACCAUUGCUUUUCAUCGACGAUACGGCCAUAAACAUA